AUUGCCUUAUGAAAGCUGCAUGUAAGACGCAGCGUGACAUUAAGGCAGUGUCUUGUAGUGUUAAUAUCAUUGUUUAAAAGAUCCUUGAUGGUGCUCUGAGGAAUAUACUGUGAUGAAUAGAUAUGAAAUAUUUGUGUAUCAAAAGGCCAGCACAAACCAAAACAUCUGUAGAAGGCAGAGCAUGUGAGGCGACUGUUUAGAAAUGUUAUAAACACAAGAGCUGAACACUUAAAGCAACCUGCACUACUACUUCACUAUGUUGAACGAAGACAGACGUAAGCUCGGGGUUGUAUCCUAGAUAUAUCACCUCUAAUCGGUGGAGGUUUAAUCGUUGAAUAAUACAUCUGUUUUACACGUCAAUCUUCAAAAUGAUGGGCUGCUUCAGUUCGAAAAAGAUGAAGACGAUUUCGCCGAAGAAAGAGAAGCGGUUGCGAGCAAGCGAAAGGAAGUACUUGCCGGUAGAUAACGCGGACGACCUGUAUGUUCAGAAGUUGAGAGGACUCCCAAACUCGAGGCCAGAGUUCACGGAAAUGCAGAAGGAACUUGUGUUGGAGUCGUGGAAGAUAGUUCAGCAAGACAUAUCAAGAGUCGGGGUAGUGUUGUUUAUGAAGUUGUUUGAGAUGCACCCAGACGUCCAGGAUGUUUUCUCGCCAUUUAAAGGGAAGAGUGUCGAGAACUUGAAAUCCAAUUCUCAUCUCAAGUCUCACGCCCUGCGUGUGAUGGGGUCGGUGGAAAAGUGCCUUGCCAGAAUCCACGAGCCCCUCAAGUUGGAGGAAAUGCUGCACGAACUGGGGGUGCGACACGUGCAAUACAAUGCCAAAGUGGAUUAUAUUGAUCUGGUGGGUCCACAGUUCAUAAGCGCCAUCCAGCCUUCAAUGGGAGACAGUUGGAACAUAGAACUGGAACUCGCAUGGUCGGACUUCUUCAAGCUCAUUUCGCACAUAAUCAAAGAAGCGAUGAUAUUGUGAUAAUGCCGGAAGCUCUGGAAGUUUAUAGUUUAUUGAAUGACAAAUGCAUUAUUUGAGUUGCCUUGAAGUAUUACUGUAUACAUUACAAAUACCAGCAUGUUCGCUGGAACUGUCGUACUUUGAACGUUAAUCAUUUAUUGGAUGUUUUCUUGUCAUCUGUGUACUGUCUGUCUAAGUGUCCCUGUAAUUUCAUAAUUUAUGUUUAAAAUAAUAUGGAAAAUAUGAAUAAAUAAAACGUCAUUAUCUUGGCA